AACUUUCCCUUAUGCCUUCCCCCAGGACAAGUGCUUUAUAUCAGCAUCCUGGAGCCCAACGUCACUACCACCACCCGUCGGUCGGACUAAGCCAGCUACCCGCGUUAUAUAGCCGGGCACAGGCUUGAAAUCUCUGGGCACCUUUCGUUUCGUGCGUUAUCCUCUCAAGCGCCUCUGGAGGUCGCUGCGACCUCAGUCUAGACAGCAGGUGGCGGUGGUUGCCAUGGCGACCGAGUGUAAACAUCCUCUGCAGACGCCGUUCCUCUACCCUCCUCGCAGCCAUGAAGAGUAGCCCCUCGACCUUUUGGCGAGUCAGUAGUCAGGACGCUGAUAAAAGGGUCUCAUUCCUGGAAUCCGCUCAGAAUCUAAAUUGUCAAGAAAAAUUACCUGAUCUGAAGGAAUCAUUUAUGAAGAAAAGAAAACCUAUGAGCCACUCUAGCAGUCAGUUGUCUUCAUGGCCUGCAUACGCACCAGGACACAUUAUCUUGCAGAAUCGAAAACCCUGUACUACCUCUGAAUGGCAACGCAUCAACAAAGAGCAGCUUCCUCUUUCCAUACCAAAACCACGCUACCUCGAAGAUCUGGAAUCCCAUUUGAGGAGAGAGCUGCAAGCACUUGACCUUACUAAAGGGAAAGUUCAGGAACUUAAACUCCAGCCCUAUAGAGAAGUAUUUGAGUUCUUCAUGGAAGAAUUCAGAACCUACAAGCCUUUGUUGGCUUCUAUCAAGAGAGAGUAUGAACUGACUAUAGCAUAUCUGAAAGAGAAGAUCUACUCCCUGGAGUCAGUGAAUGCUGUUCUGGUCACAGCCUCUGAUCAAUGUACUCGGCAAAUCCUGGCCUUUCAGGAGCAAGAGAAAAUACAAAUUGCAAAGCUGAAGGAUGAGAGGAUCCACUUACUGAAGCUUAUUGACAAAAUGAAGGAGGAGAAAUAUUCUUUAGAAACCCAGGUGGCUAAGAUGCGGAAGGCAGUGGCAGAGGAAUACCUCCGUUACCUGAAUGAGUCUGAUGCCCGCAAGCUGCUACUUAUAGAUCUCAAUGAAAUGUACCGUCUGAAGGAAGAAAUGAAGUUUGCCCAAGUCCAAGAUGAAAAGGGGGAAGAUUCAGUGAAGCUGGCGCUCGCUUUAAAGGUAGCACGACAUGACCUCACCAAAGCCCAAGUGGAGCUGAACACCAUGAAAGCAAACUAUGGAGAUGUGGUGCCCAGAAGAGAGUUUGAGUUGCAGGAAAAAAUUUGUAAUGAAUUGACUGAAAAGAUGACAACUCUUCAAAAAGACUUUGAUGAUCUCCAAGAAGAAUAUGACACAAUGCUGGACAUACACAAGCAAGUUUCUGAGGAACGGGACAAGUUCUAUAAUGACCUUAUCAAUGUCCAGCGGUCCUCCACACCGCGGCCUAACUGGGAAAAAUGUGCAGAUGUGAUUGCUGACGGGGCUGAGCGCUGGAGUGCUUUGUCAGAGGGCAAAACUAGUGACCAGUUGGUAGACGUGCUUUUGGAAGAAGUUGGUGCGGGACUUCUAAGAGAGAGGGACACCUUCGUGGCGCUGGGGAGAAGCGAGAAGGUCCCUGUGUACCUGAGGUGUGAUGGUGUGGUUAAGAAUAAGAAGCUGACCAAAAAGGAGAUUGUGGCCAUUCUGAAGGAAAUAUGGAAAGAGAAAAUUGCAUCAGAUCAACAGAAAGGAAAACAAUCCAGCCUUCCAGAGUUCUUCCUGUACUUCUUCCAGAAAAAGUAUGGUGACGCUCCUGCUUUUGACUGGACUUACAGCGUCUAUGAAAACAUCAAGGUCUAUAAAUCGAAUGAAGCCAUGUCGUUCUUUCAUCAAAUCCUGACUGGAGAGCUGGAUGAAUCUGUAUACCACAGCCACCUCCAGGAUCUUGCCAACCUCGCAAGGGAGGUGAUGGCUGCUGAUACCGCAAAUACUGGCCAGCUGACAUGCGACGAGUUCACCCUUGCCCUGAGGACAGCUUUUCCACUAAAGAACAAUGAAUCGGUCCAGGAGUUAAUUACAACUGCAGGCUACAAACCGGAGUAUCCUGAAACCUCUCUUUCGUACAAGCUCUUAUUCAUAGAGGAUGAGGAAGGGAAAACAGAACCUUUCGUUAAGAAACUCAAGAAGCAAUAUGUGAAUGAAAAAACAGAAUAUAUCCGUGAGAUACAGGCUCAAUUAGGAACCUUGAUGGAAGUGAGGCCAGAUGACUUGCGAGCAGCUUUCUGCAUACUCGACCAUGGUUUGUCAGAGCGAACCCUGGAGUCUUACAUCUGUUAUGCAUUCCAAGUUUCCAAAGAACAAUUGGACCCUGCGGUGUCCAUUCCAAUACAAGUACUGAUGAAAAGGCUUAAGGCUGGAGAUAUCAGACGACAAGGAACUGUUGUAGGAGAUGCAAAGUAUCAGCUCCAAUCCCACGCUUUAGAAGAAACAGAAGCUCUUGCCAAUAUUUAAAUUGGCCACACCCUAUUCCCACCCCUUCCAAGGGUAACUAGAGUAAUAAAUUUUACAGAAUAGUAAUGUAGAACAAAACUGUACUCAAAGAGCUCUGGUGAGAGUCCUGCUGGAGUAUUAGCCUUAGUAAUAGAGGGUCUGACUUCUUAGAGGCCGUGACCAAAGGGCUAAAAGUUGUUUACAACUGGUAGCAUGUCUUUCUCCUCACAACUAUGUACUUUAGUAUUUACUAAGGCUCCUCCAUUAAGUCAAAGUGGCAGUUAACCCAACUACACAUUGAACGCUUAGGGAUAAAUGUUUUCAGAAGAUUCUUUACAUCUACUUCCCUUUCUAGAAUUUCUGUGAGAUGAAAAUAAAAUGG